AUGUUUGGUGGCUUGGCAAUCGGUGCCUUUGCUUGGGUGCAAUAUCAAGCAACUCAGGCUAGUACUUAUGCUAUCGAGCUUUUCAAUUCCACAAAGGAUACCGUAACGUCCUCGGCGACAAGUUUAUUUGAUACCGCGAAGGAUGUCGCUGCUCAAACCCGGCAGGGUUGGGAAAACACGAAGGAGCAGAUCGACACGCCAGAAUGGCUCAAGCGGGUUCUCAGAAUCCAUCAAGAUAUCGGCACCGGAGGUGAGGGCGGGCCCAAAGAGAGCAGAACAGGUACAGGCGCGGCUGUUGUUGCGUCUGCUGCAGCCUAUGGCUACGAACGGACAUCAGAGGAUGACCCUCGAGAUCCAGAAGAGAUGGCGAGAGACGACCAGAUGAUGGUUCUUACGAAGAAGAUGAUUGAGAUCAGAAGUAUACUGCAAAAAGUUGGGCAGUCCAGCUCGUUAACACUUCCAUCCAUUGUCGUCAUCGGUUCGCAAUCGUCAGGGAAGAGCUCUGUCUUGGAGGCGAUUGUUGGACACGAAUUCCUACCAAAGGGCUCAAACAUGGUCACACGAAGACCAAUCGAGCUCACUCUGGUCAACACGCCUGCGUCAGGGGACGAGUACGGAGAGUUCCCGGACCUCGGUUUAGGGCGUAUUUCAGAUUUCUCAUCAAUCCAAAGAACUCUGACGGAACUCAACAUGGCAGUAUCAGACGUCGACUGUGUUUCAGAUGACCCUAUACAUCUUACUAUAUAUUCUCCUAACGUUCCCGACUUGUCUUUGAUUGAUUUGCCUGGUUACAUCCAAGUGGUGGGACAAAACCAACCACUUCAACUCAAGCAGAAGAUCUCGGAACUAUGUGACAAGUACAUUCAGCCGCCGAACGUGAUUCUAGCCAUCUCAGCAGCCGAUGUGGAUCUCGCCAAUUCAACUGCUUUGCGGGCAUCUCGCCGAGUCGACCCAAGAGGCGAACGAACUAUUGGCGUUAUCACAAAGAUGGAUCUAGUUGACCCGGCUCGUGGUGCCGCUAUUCUAAAUGACAAACAAUACCCACUUCGACUAGGUUACGUCGGAGUUGUGUCCAAAGCACCGCUUUCCCAAGGAUUAUUCAAGAUGGGAUCAACAAAUUUAAUGUCAGCGAUAGCCAAACAUGAAAAUAGUUUCUUUUCAUCUCACCCUCUCGACUAUGGCCCAGACGCCGGUGUCAAUGUCGGCACAACAACUUUACGCAAGAAGUUAAUGAACGUCCUUGAGCAAACCAUGUCAUCCAGCUUACAGAGCACGAGCGAUGCCAUCCGGCAAGAGCUCGAAGAGGCAACAUAUGAGUUCAAAGUCCAAUACAACGACCGGCCGCUAUCCGCCGAGUCAUAUCUCGCUGAAAGUUUAGACGCCUUCAAGCACUCUUUCAAGCAAUUUACAGAGGAAUUUGGUCGGCCACAAAUGCGCGAGUUGCUAAAGAACGAACUUGACCAGAAAGUCCUUGAUCUUUUGGCAGUCAGAUACUGGAACAAACCUGUUACAGAUUUGUCGCUGGCUCAAGUAGAGCCAGAUCAUAUCUCAGAUCUUCCGAAAGCAGAGGCUUCCUCGCUAUACUGGCAUAGGCAGCUUGAUGCAUCAGCCUCAGCACUAACCAAGCUCGGUGUUGGACGUCUCGCGACGACUGUAGUGGCCUCAUCUUUGCAAGAUCAUGUUAAUCGGCUACUCAACAAUUCUAAUUUCGCAACGCACCCUUUCGCACGUCAAGCCAUAUUAGAGGCAGCGUCGACCAUUCUCAGUGAAAAGUUCUACAGUACCAGCGAUCAAGUCGAAAAUUGUAUUAAGCCUUUCAAAUUCGAGAUUGAUAUCGAGGAACGAGAAUGGGCGCAGGGGCGGCAACACGUCGGGGAUGUGUUGAAGAAAGAGCUUAAAGACUGUGAGGCUGCCUUGGGUGGACUAGAAUCAUCUGUCGGCGGUCGUCGAAAGUUGAAAGAGGUCAUGAAUUUCGUUGACAAGGCUCGGAAAGGCGAUCUUGUUGUUGAAGGUGAUGGUCAAAGUGGCGCUGGCGGUUUUAGCGCUGCACUCCUCGCAAAAGGCCGUGAGGCGGUAUUUCUUCGUGAUCGUGCAGACAUCAUCAAGAUGCGACUCCUGGCCAUCAAGUCCAAACAAUGCGCAUCUGUUAGGAACAAAUACUACUGCCCUGAAGUGUUCUUAGACUCUGCAGCAUCGAAACUAGCUUCUACAGCUGUUCUUUUUAUCAAUGUAGAAUUGCUCUCAGAGUUCUACUACAAAUUCCCUCGGGAGCUGGAUCUCCGUCUCGGCCGCCACCUAACCGAAGAUGAAGUUGAAAGGUUUGCCAAGGAAGAUCCCAAGAUUCGGCGCCACCUGGAGGUGAUCCGCAGAAAAGAGCUUUUGGAGCUUGUCCUUGAGAAGAUGGACAGCUUAAAACAACUAGAGGGCAGAGAACGUGAACGAUUGACCGACGAACGAAGGCGUGACGGACAGAGGCAGCAUGGUAGAUGGCGACUGUUUUGA